GGAGACGAGAGCGACGAUUGAGGAGAGGACGGAUAAGAAAAGCCUCUGCUCACUGGCUACUUCGACUUCAUUUGAGAGUGCAUUUCCCCCAUUGCAGGUUGUCCUCCUUGGAUCGGAGUAGUGGCCAUGGCCUGGUGCACAUUCGCAGACGCUUCCUCCUGCCACCGGGCGGCGCUGUUGAGAUCAAAGUCAUUGCCGUGGAUCUUUUCAUCUGCAAGAAGAACCCAGCGUAAUAAACCUUCAAGAUUCUCGAGGGAAACUUGAAACGCAGAUGGACACCACAGGGUGAAAACCGAGGCGGAAGGCCACAAGCCACCUGGCCCUGGUAAUGGUCAAAGCUGUCUGAUAUUAACUUCAACCUGGCGAUGGAGAGAAGGCGCAGCUCACCAUGGACGCAACAAAAUGGAGGGAUACCAAUUGUGUCCCUAUAAUACCCCUAAAAGGGAAAGGGAAUAACCUGAGCAAACCCAUGAUGGAUAUGGCCCCGGUUGCUACGUGGCUCUGGAAUGGGAGGGGCUCUGCGUAUCCGAGCGUUCCUAUUGGCUCCAGAGUCUGCACGGUGGAGAGGGGGGUACCUCUAAUCAUAUCCAGCAUGUUUUGCACAAGAAAUGUCAACCAGAAAGGGCUAUCUUCUCCCCUCGCCAAAAUACACCACAAUAAUGGCAUGCUCGGACAGCCCCGCAGGAAACGCGUUUUUUGUGGAUUCUCUGAUCAGCGGUCGGACGGAGGGUGGAGGGGGACACUACUACCCGGGCAGCGGCGUGUGUCUGCCCCAUAACGCCGCAUCAGAGGUGUCUUACGGGCUACAGAACUGUGGAUACUUCCCAGGUAUAGGCAAGCGGAGCGACGCAGGUCCCCAAAACAUGAUGUCUGCCGCGUCAGGCGCGUAUAUGUCAGGCAUGGAGAUGUGGAUGGACGCGCAGAGGUCGUGCCGAAUGGAUCAGCAACAAACUGUGGGUCCCCAGGUCGCGCCCUGCUCGUUCCCGCCGAGUAUUAAGGAGGAGAGCGCGUACUGUCUCUACGAGCCGCAGAAGUGCCCCAAAGCCUCGACCGCCGAAGACCUGACAUACUCCAGGCUAACCACGACAGGCUCAGGUUCAGGCUCGUGCACAGUCACCGACGGCGGUGGUGGUGGGGGUACUGUACCAGUGCCUGGCUACUUCCGCUUGUCUCAGAUGCACGCACACUCUCAUAAAGUUUACCACGGCGCCCAAUCGAACCCCUCUCAUUCUCACUUUGGCCUACACCCCCCUGCACAGACUCGCUUCCACAGCCCGACCCCCCCACCGUCCUCAGCCUUAGCCUGCUCAGCCACGGCGGCUUACAAGAGAAGAGACACCGAGGAGGCUCUGUCUUCCGGUACCGCGUCCCAGCCCCAGCAGACGCACGCCCCACUGGGGGACGAGGAGGCACGAGCGUCCUCCGACGCGGAACCUUCAUCUCCCGAGGAAGCUGAAGAGGAGCUUGAGAAGGAGAAGCCAGCGAAAACACCUAAAGGAGACACAGAAAGCGAAUGCACGGCCAACUGGCUAACAGCAAAAAGCGGACGGAAGAAACGUUGCCCAUACACCAAGCACCAAACACUGGAGCUCGAGAAGGAGUUCCUCUACAACAUGUACCUGACUCGCGAGCGUCGCCUAGAGAUCAGUAGGAGCGUGCACCUGACGGACAGGCAGGUCAAAAUAUGGUUCCAGAAUCGCAGAAUGAAACUGAAGAAAAUGACCCGGGAAAACAGGAUUCGGGAGCUCACGUCAAAUUUUGGUUUCUCGUGAUAACUUCGAAUGUUUUCAAUAAGCUUUGUAUUGAACUAGCUUUAGUUCUAAUGCAAGAUGUAAAGGGCACAUCUUUAGUAGGCCUACAUACAAACCUAGUCUUUGCAUCGUCCUAUAUAAGCUAGUGGUAAAACGUGAAUGUUUUUGGGUUGUCUCUUUUUCUUAAUAUUUUGUUAAUUGUUCGUUGAUUCGGUUCUGUUGCUGUCACUUGUUGGGAUAGGUGUCUUGAGUAAAACAAUGGAAGGAAUUUGCUUUGGGUCGUAUAGGAUUGUAGCCUACCAAUACUUAAAAAUAUAUAUAUGUUUGUUGUAGAUACAAAUAUAGAUCACAAUUGAGAUGUACGUUUAUAUUGCAUAUAUGUGGGGAGUUUCCUUUACAUUUAUACUGCAUGAAACAACAUGAUUCAAAUCCAUCUUUUCCUGCAUUUUGCAAUGUGGAUCACAUUAAAAUGUAAGGCCUAUGUAUCCACAGUAAGGGAAGAAGAUGAGUCGCCCUGUCAACGUAUUCUUCCGAUGUAAAGUAUAUAUUAUGAUGAGCUGAUUGUAAGUGUACAUAGAACAACAUAUAUUUGAUCCACUUUAGGAUAAUAUUGUUGUGUAGACUCGAACUAAGGGAAAUGUAGGCUACAUGAGCAGUCCACAUUGUGAAAUAGUUUUUAUUGUGUAUAUCAUUAUGUACAUAUGAGGUUGUGUUUUCGUGUAUUGCGUAAUAAAUGAUCAGUUCACAUAAA